AUGGGUCAUGACGUGACCUCCCAGUUCCACUCCCAUGAUGGCACCGGUGGUUAUUCCUACGGUUAUUCCGAUCCAAACUCACAGAAGAUGGAAGCAAAGGACGCCCACGGAGUAACACACGGGGAGUAUUCAUACGUCGAUGCUAAUGGACUGGUGCAGACGGUGAAAUACAUUGCUGAUCCUAAACAUGGUUUCCAAGUGGUCGGCACCAACCUUCCGCAGACACCAUCUCAUGCACUUCACAAGCGCUCGGUCUACACUGCUCCAGCAAGCUAUGUUCCAUUUGGAUACUACGCUUCCGAACAGAAGUCUUGGAAUGGACCUAUCCAUAUUCCGGUGAUCGAGAAGGGUGUGCCUGUAGAAACACCGGAGGUUAAACACGCUAAGGCCGCCCAUGCUGCUGCCCACGCCAAGGUUGCUAACCACGCGAUCUAUGUGCCGACCGCCGUCGAUGAACACCAAGCCAAGAGUGUUGGUGCCUGGUAUGGACCCCAACAUGUGCCAGUGAUCAAGAAUGGAGUUCCGAUCGAAACGCCAGAGGUUCAACAUGUCAAGGCCGCCAUCUUGAGUGCCUUGGCCACUGCCAGCGUUCAAUCUAGAACCUACGGACAUGAAGACGAUGGUUCUUAUAAGCCUCAUUUGUACCACAAUGAACACUAA